CUGAUAGCGUGUGUGACCAUGUUUCUCUCUCCAGUGGCAGGUCAGAAAACCCACUGGUGUUUCGCAGCAACUUGAGGAUGGCGUUUGCUGAAUAGGUCAGACGUGAUGUCUCCUUCUCUUCCUGGAUUUCCCUCUGAAUCGGAGACCAUUGGCAGAUGUUGCUGGACCAUGAGGAGGUUGGGGUCCCUCGGACUGAUUUGGUUGUGCUGCGUCCUUCCGGAAAGCCUUGGCAUCACCAGACAAUAUUACAUCGGAGCAGUGGAGAAGGAAUGGAACUAUAGGCCCGACAGACAGAAUGGGUUGUCUUCCUCCGCCCCAGGACCUCAAUACAAAAAGGCAAUUUAUUUGGAAUACACAGAUUCUACGUUCAGAGAAGUAAAACCCAAACCUGCUUGGAUGGGUCUUUUGGGCCCCACCAUCCAAGCCGAAGUCUAUGACAAGGUGAUUGUGACCUUUAAGAACAUGGCUUCCCACCCCUUCAAUAUUCAUGCCAAAGGUGUAUCUUAUUGGAAAAGUUCUGAAGCUGGCAUGGAAGCCUUAAUUCAAGUGGAAGUUUGUCCAGAACCUAUUCAAAAGAAGCUGAGGAUGGUAGAACCGUCUCCAAACGAGGACUAUUAUGAUGAAUAUGAGGGAGACGAUUUGGAAAGCACGGUGGUAGACUUGGAUGAGUUUUCACCAAGGAUUGCUGGACGUUCUCGGGCCAAAAGAUUACCUGUGACCUGGAUGCAUUAUAUUGCUGCAGAGGAAGGUGAUUGGGACUAUGCCCCAGUGAAGCCCACUCACCUGGACAGUACUUACAGCAAAUCUCUGGAAAAUGGCCCCCAACGGAUCGGGUCCAAGUAUAAGAAAGCAAUGUUUGUGGAAUACGAGGAUGCGGCUUUCAACACGCGGAAGGCAUCCAAACCGGAUCAUUUGGGCCUCCUGGGACCAGUCCUCCAAGGAGAAGUCGGCGACGAAUUUAUUAUUGUGUUUAAGAAUUUGGCCAGCCGGCCCUACAACAUUUACCCUCACGGAAUCACCAAUGUCACCUCAUUCCAUCCCAUCGGAAGUACUCGAC